AUGAAUGCUGCAAGAAGACCGACUCGUAAGUUUUUCAUAUGGUUCUCUUUAAUUGUUUGUUGAUUGUAAAUUUUUUGAGAUCCAAAAACAUAUGGGAAAAUUUUUCAUUUUCAUUUCCAAAAUAUUUAGCUGUGGAUGAUGAAAGGUUUAUUUAAUUCUGAACGUGCUUUCUCAAAAAUGAUUUCAUUUUUCAGAAAUCACCCUUGGCACUGACCAAGAUCCAUAUAACAAAGAGGAAUUGGUGAACACUUUGAAAGGGCGUGAACUCGGAUUUUUUGUGAUAUUUUAUAUAUUUGCCGUCGCUUGCAUUGUAAUGGCAUUUGAGUUUUUGAAACCAAGUUUAUUUAUGCGAGAAGAAUCGGUGAAUGCGACACGAUAUGAUGAUUAA